AUGCAAGCUCUUCGUCUCCAGCCCAGAGCAUUCAAAGAGGGCAUUGAGACCGUACCAGUCCCACAAGUCGGCCCUCUCGACGUUCUGGUCAAGGUCAAGGCAGCAGGCCUCGCUCCCGGGGUUUUGGCUUUGGGACGAGCGGGCAUGCUACAAGCAUUGCCAGCCACGCUAGGCCAUGAAACUGCAGGCACGGUGGAGGUAGUCGGUGAACAGGUAAAGACUGUUGCAGUGGGAAGCCGAGUGCGCAUUCACAGUAACGUGAAUUGUCGAAAAUGCGAAUUCUGUCUAACGGACAGGGAUCAGACAUGUCCCGAGGCAGGUCUAAUGGGGUUUCAAGGUUUCACAAAGCGGAAGGGGACAUUAUUCGAGACUUACCGAGACGGUGGUUUGGCUGAAUAUAUUCGGGCGCCUUACUGGUUGGUCGAUGAACUAUCAGAUAACAUCAGCUUCGAUGUUGGGGCUAAGCUACACGAAGUCGCUACUGCUCUUUGCACGCUGAGAAAAGCGAGGCUGAAGCCAGGCUCGAAUGUCAUUAUCACGGCUCCAACUGGUGCUGUCGGCACAUGUUUGUUAAAGCUUGCAGACCUCUUUGGCAUCAACCGGAUAAUCCUAGUUGGCCGUUCAACAGAAAGGCUGGAGGCUGUGAAAAAGCUCACGCAAGUCAGGGUCGAUAUCAUAGCGCUUGAUAAGCUCUCCGAGAACUGGGUUACAAAAAAAGAACUGGCUAGGGCUGUGGCGCAAGCCAUACCUGAGGGAGCAGACGCAUUCAUUGACCUCACCCCCAGCGGUACGGACAUGUGGCAGGCACUCUCCGGGCUCGGAACAAACGGGACCCUUGUGCAUCUAGGGGCCAACAGCUCAGUAUUACCACUACCAAUGGUUGCGAUUAUGGCCAACUGCUGGACCAUAGUCGGGACUCGAAAUCACUCGCGGAAUGAUGCUCUAACGGUACUUUCGUGGCUCAAAACCGGUAGGCUUAAUGUGGACGACCUGAUCACGCAUAAGUGGCCUUUUGGUGAGAUCGAAACUGCCAUUGAGAAAAUCAGGGAUCGCUCGCUUCCAAUAUGGAUGUGUGUUAUCAAUUUCUAG